GACGUAAAAUUACAAAUGGAGGUGUUUACGUGAAAAUGUAAAUUUUUGGUUAUUUUUGUUUUAAUUUUUCUGAAAUGUUUGGUUGUUAGCGUGAUAAAACUGAGAAUCGGCAUCACUAUAGUGAAACUUACGUUCAAGUAAUUUAAUUUACAAUAUUAAGAAGAUUUGUGUGUAAUAAAUGGCAAGAUAUUUGAGUGUGGCAUAAAAUGCAUUCGUAAAUCUAUUGAUUGAUGAAUCAUCGAAGACGAGAUUAUGAACUAAAAUAAUUCCCGUUGUGAAAGCUAAUAAUUACUUGUGUAACGCAAGAAACCACUGCAAUUCGUAUUAAGUCUAGCACAUAGAAAUUAUGAUUUGAAGUCCAUUACAAUAGUAUUAUCAUGGACGGAAGUGUUAAGUGACACUGAUCACUGGACUUGAUAACUGGACAAUGUAAUAUGAUGGAGGCAUGUAUGAGAUGAGGUCACCAAUCAACAUGAAAAGUAACGACUGAGUAAUGUUGGACCUGAUGAUAGUGGCAGGGUGGAAAUAUAAGUGGUGCUGUUCUUACAGAAUCUAUUAGUGCUAAUUCAAUCAACAAACAGGAGUUAAAAUGACGGACGCAUACAACAGAUAUUCACAGAGCAAAUCAUUAAAAUAUCAAAAAGAAAGAGACAUUGUAAUGAAGUCAAAGUCUAGGAGGUCUAAAUAUUCAGAUCAAAAACAUCAUCAUAUGGAGUCAAAAACACCUCCAUUGCCUGCCAAAAGUACCUCAUCAUUGGAAGAAUUAUUAAAAAAAAGGGAAUCUCUUAAACAAGAAUUAAAAAAAAUAGUAAAAGAUCCUGACACUGCACCAAACAUUGAUUACAACAAAAAACGUAGGCAUUCCAAAGAAGACUAUGCUUAUGAAAUAGUGAUAAAUAAACGACAUGUUCGCAAUGAAACCAGAUCUGGUAAAGUUUCCAAGACGAGAAAAUCUAAUCAUGAAUCUUCACCAGAACUAGAACAUAUACAACCAGAAUCAGAAGAUGAAGAGACUAUUAUACAACAAAGAAGACAACAACGUAAACAACUCUUAGAAAAAUUUAAUGUUUUAAAUGAAAAAAGCAAUGAAAGUACUGAAGAUGACAACAAGGCCAGCAACAGUGAGGCUGAAAACACCACAGGAAUUAAGAAAACUCAGGAUAAUCAAAUUAUUUCAAAACAAGUAACAGACAUGUUCUCAGAGAAAGAUGAAUUUGAAUCUAACGGUGCAACAAAAAAUGCAACACAUAGUGAAGAUGCUACUAAUUUAAACCUUACCGAUAAUUGGGAUGAUGCUGAUGGAUACUUCAAUAUACGUAUAGGAGAUACAAUAAACAAUAGAUAUACCAUUAAAAGCAUUUUAGGUCAAGGAGUAUUUGCAAAUGUGGUUCGAGCUCAAGAUAACAUGGAAGGAAACGACUAUGUUGCCAUUAAAAUUGUCAGAAACAAUGAUCUUAUGUAUAAAACAAGUUUGAAAGAAAUAGAAAUUCUAAAACAAAUACGAGAAGCAGACCCUGACAACAAAUACCACUGUGUUCAGUUCCUUGGACAUUUUAUGCAUAAAAACCAUCUUUGUCUUUUGCUAGAGUCUCUACACAUGGACUUAAGAGGAGUCAUAAAGAAAUACGGGAAACACUAUGGUAUCAACAUGAAAGCUUUAAUGAGCUACAGCAGACAACUACUGCUAGCUUUGAGACUUCUCAAAAAACUUGGUAUCAUUCAUGCUGACAUAAAACCAGACAAUAUCUUAGUAAAUGAAAAGAAAAAUUUAUUAAAGCUAUGUGACUUUGGUUCAGCUGCCAAAUGUGAUGACAAUGAACCCACCCCCUAUUUAGUUUCAAGGUUUUACAGAGCGCCUGAAAUUAUUUUAGGGGUGCCUUACAAACAUGGAGUGGAUGUCUGGUCAGCAGCAUGCACCAUUUAUGAAAUGGCAACGGGAAAAAUUUUAUUCACAGGAAGCUCCAAUAAUAAAAUGUUAAAAUGCUUCAUGGAUUUGAAAGGACGAUUUUCUAGCAAACUCGUAAAGCGAGGGAAAUUCAAAGACCAACAUUUUAAUUAUAAUAAUAAUUUCCUUCUUCAUAAAAAAGACGAAUUCACUGGUAGAGAAAAAGUGGUUGAAAUGAGUAAUAUCAACGUCAGCAGAGAUUUACUGCAAGAACUGAAAAAAUGUAACAAGAGUAUGUUUAUGAAUGAAGAAAGGAAAAUAACACAGCUCAAAGAUUUACUAGAUAAGAUGACGAUGCUAGAUUCUAGUCAGAGAGCACAGGUAAACGAUUGCUUGAAGCAUCCUUUCAUUUUAGAAGAACUGGAUAAAUGUUAAAUUGUUUAUUUUGUUACAAUAAGCUAAAAGGUUUAAAUAAAACAUUUUUUCAAUAAAA